AUGCAGCGCUACGACGCAGGCAGCGAUGACCCCUCCGACGCGCCCAGCGCUGGCAACGAGGAGGAGCAGGUGCGCGCGUUCUGGCGCAGCAUGCAGGGCGAGGUGGAGCAGGUGGGGAACGACCCGGCAGAGUUCAAGAACCACCAGCUGCCGUUGGCACGCAUCAAAAAGAUCAUGAAGUCUGACGAGGACGUGCGCAUGAUCAGCGCGGAGGCCCCCGUGCUGUUUGCGAAGGCCUGCGAGCUCUUCAUACUCGAGCUCACACUCAAGGCAAGGCCUGGGGGCACCUGCUGGCUGCUGCUGCACCUCCUGCUUUGGCUCAGCUUGAGCGUCAAAUGGGCUGGGGCGUGGCUGCACGCCGAGCGCAGCAAGCGGCGCACGCUGCAGCGGUCUGACAUUUCUGCGGUGGUCAACUCCACUUACGUCCUGGACUUUCUGCAAGACAUCAUACCGAAGGAGGGGGACGAGCCCCAGGGCGGCGGCGCAGACGGCGCGGGCGGCAGUGGGCACGCCGGCGGCGUUGCGAGCGGCGGCGGCGCGACGCCGGUGUCGCCUGACGCGGCCGCAGCGCAGGCGCACGCGCAGGCGGCGGCGGCGGCCGCGGCUGCGGCGCAGCCCUCCAUGUACUACGCGCCCUACCCUUCAGGCAUGGCGGUGCCCGUCCCGAUGCAGCAGCAGCAGGUGGACCCGAUGGCGUUCAUGGCGGCCCAGCAGAUGCAGCAGCAAUGGGCGGCGCAGGCGGCGGCGAUGCAGGCCGCCGCGGCGAUGGGGGCGGGCGCGGGGACGCCGCAGCUGCCCACUGGGGACACCGGCAGCCAGCUGUGA